GGGGAUCUUUCUCGAGAGGAACCGGAAAAGGAGAGGGACCCUUCGUCACUAUGUGGGGAGGCCGGAAGCUGAGCUCCUCCGGGGGUCGCUUUUUAAGAGUGUUUGGGUCUGGGUGCAGGGGUACGCAGUCAGAUCGUCUUCGCCUAAUUUCGUGGGCGGUUUAUUCAGAGACUCAACCCAGUUGGACUCUACAAAUUAAACCAUGGGUUUUCAAUGAAUACAAAACCAUGUGGUUCAAAUCCUAUAGGAUGACCUUUUCCUGUUUGAAUAGAAUAAACAGUUACAGGUACCCUUGGACAAGACUGUAUAGUACUUCACAAUCCACAGUUGACAGCAGUGAGGUAAAAACCUUCCUGGCCCUGGCUCACAAGUGGUGGGAUGAACAAGGAGUAUAUGCCCCUCUUCAUUCUAUGAAUGACCUGAGGGUGCCAUUUAUUAGAGACAAUCUUUUGAAAACAGUUGCUAAUCAUCAGCUAGGAAAACCUUUGUUUGGGAUGAAGAUUCUUGAUGUUGGCUGUGGUGGUGGAUUAUUAACUGAACCUCUAGGGCGGCUAGGUGCUUCAGUUGUUGGAAUCGAUCCUGUAGAUGAAAAUAUUAAAACAGCACAACACCAUAAAUCAUUUGAUCCAGUCCUGGAUAAGAGGAUAGAGUACAGAGUGUGUUCCCUGGAAGAGAUUGUGGAAGAAAUGGAAGAAACUUUUGAUGCCGUUAUAGCUUCUGAAGUUAUAGAACAUGUGAUUGAUCUAGAAACAUUUAUACAGUGCUGCUGUCAAGUGUUAAAAACUGGUGGUUCUUUAUUCAUUACUACAAUCAACAAAACACAGCUGUCCUAUGCUUUGGGAAUUGUCUUUUCAGAGCAAAUUGCAGGUAUUGUACCAAAGGGUACUCAUAUGUGGGAGAAGUUCGUUUCACCUGAAAAGCUAGAGAGUAUUCUGGAAUCAAAUGGUCUAUCAGUUCAAACUGUGGCAGGAAUGUUCUAUAACCCCUUCUCAGGUUACUGGCAUUGGAGCAAAAAUACCAGCCUUAACUAUGCAGCUCAUGCUGUGAAAUCCAUGACACAGGAACACACAGUGCCUGCUGCUAAUGCUGCCACCAGCCCAGGUGUGCAUGAAGAGCUGAAGAAAUGAAUUGUUUCUGAGGACUGUAGUUUUUAUGGCUUGAAAGUCUAAUGUUUACAAAUGCAAAAAAUAUACAAUUUAUCUUCUGAGAAAGAAUCAUGAAGAAGAGGUCAAUAAAAGAGCUAAAUCCUUUGAUAAAUGUUUUAUAUCAUCUCAUAGCUACUUUCAAGGGAUUCUAUAGAUAAAAAAGUUUUAUCAAGAUACUGUGUGAUCUAAGAGUUUUUAAGUUCCUCAGCUUUUGUUAUAUAAAUUGGAUAUACAUAUUUCAUUUCAUCUUACAGAAUACAUCCUCCCAUGUAC